AUUCUGGAAAAAGAUGACGAAGACGUGAAAGCAAUGCCACUUAGUAACAAUACUGUUAACAAAAAAAUAAUUUAAAAAAUAGAUGAAAUGAUUGAAGAUUUGAAAAUAAAAUUUGUUGAACAGCUGAAAACAACAAAAUUAUCAGUGCAAAUGGAUGAAUCUACUUUGAGAGACAGUGAGGCCGUACUGAUAACUUACUUAAGAUAUAUUGAUAAAGUAGAUUUUGCUGAAGAAAUAUUGUUCCGUAAAUCCUUUUCAAUGAUAUUUAUAAUGAGCUAA